AUGUUCCUCCCCCCAUCCCCCGCAAGCUUUGUGCGCAGCCGCAGCUUCUUCGGCCUGUCAGUGCUAAGCAGACAGACUUCUUGGCCAUGUGUCCCCCCAGUCAGCGUUCAUCAUGGGGCCAGGGGCAUGUCCUGCCUCUAUGGCGCGUGGCUGUACCAUCUUGUCCAUGGGGAACAGAUGAAGAUCUGCUUUGCUUGCUUCAAGGCAGCUUUCCUGUUGAAUAAACUCUACCUGGAGAUGGGAGACUGGCAAGAGGAAGAAGAGGAGGAAGAGGAAGAUGCUGAGCAGGAGCCAGAGCCUGAGCAGGAUGCAUGGCGGGGUUUGGGGCCCCUUUAUGUGCCACAGAGUGUCUCUGAAGGAUCUGGGGUCCUGCUGCCAACCCCUGCGUGGACACAGGAUGUACUAUUCUCCAUUUAUGUGCCUACUGAGCUCUUUCCUCAGGAAGCCGUGCCCCUGGAUCUGGGUCCUGAGGAUGCUGAGUGGACCCAGGCCCUUCCCUGGAGAUUUGAUGGGCCCUUUCCCUGCUUACACCAGCUCAUCCCUCCUCUGACUUGGUGGGAUAUUUUUGAUGUGAUGCCAUCUCCUGGGCAACCUGUGUUGUUGGAGUUGAGAUGCAACUGGCCCUUGGACCAGACAGUAGNACAAUCCUGGUUGCAAUACCAGAAGUUCGUCCUCCUGUUGGAUGGUGUCCACUCUAUGUGCCAC